AUGAACAGGGCAAUCUUCACGUGUUUGCGCGUGGCGGGCAUCGCUCUGGCUUUCCAGCAGGUGGCGGUCGCGCAGACAUGCUACUACCCGAACGGCGACGAAGCCGCCGGCUCGGAGAAGCCAUGCUCGUCGGCAGAAGGGUCGGCCUGCUGCCCUGAUAAAUGGGAAUGUCUCGACAAUGGUCUCUGCUACUAUGAGCCGGACAAUCUCCAUGGGAGGUAUAGCUGUACAGACAAGAGCUGGAAGUCACCAGGCUGUCCUUCGAAUAUGUGCACUUAUGACAUGAGCGCUGGCGGCGGUGAAUCAAUCACCCAAUGUUCAAGCCACGAUAACCAAUGGUGCUGCAAUGCCGACGCCACCCAUGUCAAUUGCUGCCAGGAGAGCCCAGAGCCACGACCAUUCUUCGCUCUUCAGGACGGACAAGCAUAUGCGACUAUCGGCGGAUCAUCAGCAUCAUCAGUCCCAGACCUUGCGUCCAUCACUGGCCUUGCUACCGGCAGCGGUAGUGGCGGCGGUGCCUCAUCUACACCAGCACCUUCAAGCUCCGACUCACCCUCCUCAAACUCAGCCAACUCACCGUCCAAGAGCGCAGAGUCUACACCCGUAACCUCGCUCCAAACGAGCGUCGCGUCCGGCACUGCAGGAGUCUCCACCGUCAUCCAAACAGUCGUCACCCCAGCUCCUGUCCCCUCUUCCAGCUCCGGCCCCACCGCCACAUCCUCCAAGUCCAAGUCCAAAUCCAACAUCGGCCUCAUUGUCGGCUGCGCCGUCGGCAUCCCCCUCGCCCUCGCGCUAAUCGGCAUCCUCAUCUGGCUCCUCCGCAAGCGGCGCCACCAAAAGACACACCCCUACUCCGAAACCCCGGAUCCCUACAGCAAUGGCAGCGCCUCGCCCGAAUUUGCCGGCGGCGCGAAACUGCACAAGAACGGGGGCGCGACCAAGUACAGAUCCGAAUCCGACGGUCCCGGCAUGCCCGAACUCGCCGGCCAGGGCGUCGGCCCCGGCCGCCCGAUAUCGACCAUCAAGGGCCGCGCCGAACUAGAUUCGGGAGCCGGAUUCGUGCCGGGAACCACGCCGCACGCGCCGCAUCUUGUGGGACUGGGUGGCGGAAACGGCAUGACGGGUCACACGCCGCAGAGCAGCUGGGGAAGUGCGCCGCCGAUGUAUUCGCCGGGCAUGAACCAGGCGGCGUGGGCGCCGGGACACGCGCAGCAGAAUUCCAUGGGCUCGAUGCCGGACGGAGGAGCCGCGGGGGUGCGCGCGGAAGGCGGCGGGUAUAUCCCGUACCGGCCACCACCGGGGCAUGGCCCCGUGCCGCAGGAACUGGACACUACCGGUGGCGGCGGUGGACUGCACCAUGUGCCUGAGAUGGCGGAGCUGAGCACUGUCAGGACGCCCCCGGAGGCAGCGGAGUUGGGAACCGUGAGGACGCCGCCUGCUUGA